CAACCACAACACAAAAAACAAAAGAAAGAUUGAUAAGAAAGAAACCAUCUCAGAACACACACUCUCUCUUUCUUUCCUUCUUUCUACACUAUUGUGAAGAAUCAGAGGACUGUUCCUGCAAACCCUAACAAGAACAGAGAGUCUUUGAUCAUCGAAGCAUUUUCUGGUAAUUGUGGAAAGGGGCUUCAUUUCUUCGACAUUGGAGCCUUUGGGGACCUACAUCGUGCUCUCUCUCUCUCUCUCUCUAUUCAAGUUAAGAUUGAGAUCGGUAAGAGAUGGUUGCGGGGACACCGCGCACACCAGCAUCAAAAAUCAGGAGGACCAAUGCAUGUACUCCAGGUGGUCCAAAGGUUCGGGAGGAAAAUAUACUUGUUACUGUUCGAGUCAGGCCACUGAGCCCAAGAGAGCAGGCAGUUUAUGAUCUUAUUGCUUGGGAUUGCUCAGAUGAACAUACAAUUGUUUCCAAGAAUCUAAAUCAUGAGCGGUCUACAGGGCCAUUCACGUUUGAUAGAGUUUUUGAUCCAUCGUGCUCAACUCAGAAGGUUUACGUAGAAGGUGCCAGGGAUGUUGCUCUAUCUGCUGUAAAUGGAAUUAAUGCUACAAUUUUUGCGUAUGGGCAGACUAGCAGUGGUAAGACAUUUACCAUGAGAGGAAUAACUGAAAAUGCUCUCAGAGACAUCUAUGAUCACAUCAAGAGCACACCAGAGAGAGACUUUGUUUUAAGGCUUUCGGCUUUGGAAAUCUACAAUGAAACUGUAGUUGACCUCUUAAAUCGUGAAUCUGGCCCCCUUCGGCUUUUGGAUGAUCCUGAGAAAGGGACUAUUGUGGAGAAGCUAAGUGAAGAGGCUGUUAAUGAUUGUCAACAUUUAAGGCACUUAAUUGGUAUUUGUGAAGCUCAAAGACAAGUUGGCGAAACUGCUCUAAAUGAUAACAGCUCAAGAUCACAUCAGAUAAUCAGGCUGUCUAUACAGAGUAGCCUGCGGGAAAACUCAGGCCGUGUAAAAUCUUUUUUAGCAAGCCUGAAUCUUGUGGACCUUGCGGGCAGUGAACGUGCCUCUCAAACAAACGCAGAUGGAACUAGGCUGAAGGAAGGGAGCCACAUUAACCGCAGCUUAUUGACUUUGACAACCGUGAUCAGAAAGUUAAGUGGUGGAAAGAGGAACAGUCACAUACCUUACAGAGAUUCAAAACUCACGAGAAUAUUGCAGCCUUCACUUGGAGGAAAUGCUCGAACAGCAAUAAUAUGUACUAUGAGUCCUGCCUUAAGCCAUGUGGAUCAAUCACGGAAUACUCUCUCAUUUGCUACUAGUGCAAAGGAAGUCACAAACAGCGCCCAAGUAAACAUGGUUGUUGCAGACAAGCAAUUGGUGAAGCAUUUGCAGAAGGAAGUUGCCAGACUUGAAGCAGAGCUCCGAAGUCCCGAGCCCUCUUCCUCUUCAUGUUUAAGGACUUUACUGAUGGAAAAGGACUUGAAAAUCCAGCAGAUGGAGAAGGAGGUGAAAGAGCUGAAGCAUCAACUUGAACUUGAAAAAAGUGCAAAGAAGGAGCCAAAGGGGUUAAACCAAGAGGUCCAAGACGGACAUUCUCGUCAAGUAUCCAAGUGUCUUUUUCCUAAAGUUGAGAAUGGAAGUAGAACUAUUACAGGCACUCUAAAAAGAAAGGCACUUGGAAGGCAGGCAGCGGUGAGGCAGUCUGCUACUUCUACAGAUUCCUCCAUGCUCGUCCAUGAAAUCCGAAAGCUUGAGAUGCUGCAGAGGCAGCUCGGUGACGAAGCUACUCGAGCACUUGAAGUACUUCAAAAGGAGUUUGCAUCUCAUAGGCUGGGUAGUCAAGAUGCAUCUGAAACAGUAGCAAAGCUACUGUCGGAGAUAAAAGAUAUGCGAGCAAUUACUUCUAUUCCUGAAGAAAUUGAGGUCAGAGAUAACCCCAGCUUGAAGGAAGAGAUAACUCGGUUGAGGUUGAACACUCAAGGAAGCAAUAUUGCUUCGUUAGAGGAGAAGCUUGAGAAUGUGCAGAAGUCUAUAGACAAGCUGGUCAUGUAUUUGCCGAGUAGUUUGGAGACUCCAGACUCCAAGAACCAAUUGAAGAAGAAAAAAAACAUUCCAUUCACCUUGAGCAAUACAGUCAACAUGCCAAAUUUAAUACGGUCUCCGUGCUCUCCUUUAUCAUCCACUCGCCAGUUCAUGGAAUGUGAAAUUGAGAACCGGGCCCCAGAGAAUAAAUCUACUCCACCGAAGAGAGAUGAGAACAGUAAUUGUAUCUCAUCAAAGGACAGUACUCCUGCACCACGGCAAUCCAACACAGUCAAUGUGAAGAAAAUCCAAAAAAUGUUCAAGACAGCUGCUGAGGAGAACAUUCGGAACAUCAAAGCUUAUGUCACUGAGCUGAAAGAACGGGUGGCAAAGCUACAAUACCAGAAACAGCUUCUGGUUUGCCAGGUGUUAGAGCUAGAGUCAAAUGAGGCUACAAAUGAUGAGACAGAUAUAGUUGAUCAAUCUCCCAUGGCAUGGCCUUUGAUGUUUGAGGAUCAGAGACAGCAAAUCAUCAUGUUGUGGCAUUUGUGCCAUGUUUCAAUUGUACACCGUACACAGUUUUAUUUGUUAUUUAGAGGAGACCCCGCUGAUCAGAUAUACAUGGAAGUUGAGCUUAGAAGGUUGACAUGGUUGGAGCAACACUUAGCAGAACUUGGCAAUGCAAGCCCAGCACUCUUGGGUGAUGAACCUGCUGGUUCUGUUUCAUCAAGUAUCAGGGCACUCAAGCAGGAAAGAGAAUAUCUAGCAAAGAGAGUGAGUUCAAAAUUAACAGCAGAAGAAAGGGAGAUGCUUUACAUGAAAUGGGAUAUCGAACCAGAAGGAAAACAAAGGAGGAGGCUGCAACUGGUGAACAAGUUGUGGACAGACCCUCUUAACAAGCAACAUGUACAAGAAAGUGCUGAAAUUGUAGCAAAGCUUGUUGGAUUUUGUGAAUCUGGUGAACAUGCUUCUAAGGAAAUGUUUCAACUUCAUUUUGAAUCUCCUUCUGACAAAAAGACAUGGAUGGGGUGGAAUUUGAUAUCAAAUCUGUUGCAUCUGUAAGAAACACUCGUGUUGUAAUUCAUUUUAUUCAUUGACCUUUAUAUAUAUGGACUUCUGCAUUGGAGCAAAAUGAUGUUUGCCAAUGCUACUAACACGAGAAUUUCACAGAAUAGGAUGAAGAUGUGAAACAAAGGUAGGUCUCACGUAUGAUGGAUCUCCCUUAUGUCUCACAUCUGUAUCUCGUGAUGCUAAAACUCUAUGUAUGCUUCACUUUCUUACUUUGGUUACUAGUUUGUUAUGUAA